GAGCUGCGGGCGGCCGCCAGCGCCGCCUGAGCUCGUCCCGAGCGGGGGCGAGGGGCGGCUCUGGGCAGACGCGGGCGGGUCGGACGUCGUCGCCCACGCCGGGCCCUGCGAGAGGAGGGGGCAUGGAAAUAUGUACUAUGGGCGAGUUACAGCUGUAUAUGGGAUCGAUGCGUCGCUGCUGUGGUCUGUGCUAUCCCCUAGCACGCUGUAG